AUGGGACUGAGGGCACUUCCCUUGUCACCUACACAAAAUGGUUUCCUUCCAAAUGCAGGAAUUGCUCAAAACUUGUCACCAUAUAAUUUCCACAGAACCUCCAGAUUAAGGGUAGUUUCAGCUCAGUCAGAGAAGGGUAAGGAAGAACCCAAGAAGGCGGAGAAACAAUCUCUCUUUGGAAGUUUGACAGAAGCUCUGGAUUUUUCUCAGGUUAGAUCAGAAGAGGAUGCCCAGCUUCUGAGUGAAGCCAGGGAAGCAACAAAGUCAGGAGGCCAGAUGAACAGGGAGCAGUAUGGAGCUCUUAGAAGGAAAAUUGGCGGGACUUACAAAGAUUUCUUCAAAUCCUAUGUUGAAGUGGAUGGACAAUACGUGGAAGAAGGUUGGGUUGACAAAACCUGCAAAGUGUGCAAGAAAGAUACCAAAGGUGAACCUAGGCAGAGAAAUGUUGGGGCUACCGUACGAUUGACGUUCGAGAAGGCCGUGGCCUCAGGCAAAGACCCGGCCAACUUCAACGGCAAAGAUUGGGGAGUCACCGAUCUUUUUCGCGAGUUCGUGUUCGACAAUGGCGGUCUCUCUCAGGUCCCAUUGCUUAAUCCUACAACAAUUGAAUGGGUUAAACCCAACACUUUGGUUCGAUACCGGGGAAUGAUACAAGACAUGCUGGGUAAUGAAUUCUAUGCUGGUGUUUACAAGGAUGGAGCAACAUGGAGAACCAACAAGUUUGCAGAUGCUUCCCAAUUUCCUAUGGGCUCUUCAUCCGAUAUGCGAGUUUGGGAGCGUCGUCUGCUUUACUGUGUUCCUGUUCCGGGCCAAAAUUCAUGGACAGAAACUUUUUCUGAAGCACUGAUAAAUUCGUGUUCCACUACUACAUCUCCACAUGGGGAGAAGCGCCAGAGAGAGUGCCUCACAGCUAUUUGUGAUGGAAAUAUGCAGACAAGCAGGACCAUCCUAUCUCCCAGUUUGGAAGAUCUUAUAGGCUUCAAUAGUGAUCCAGAUUGCUUAUAUGCAACUGCACUUGUGUCUUUCUUGAGAGAGGAUGGAAUGACUUCUCAGUCUUCUAUGAGUGAGGGAUCUUGUUCUAGUACGUGUUUGGUGCCUGAUUUUGAGAGAAGGACUUUUCCUUGUCUCGUGACGGUUUAUGACUCUGUAGAGUCUGACUUGAAACUGAAUGAUGUUUUUGAGUUUGUUGGUGUCCUCACUUUUGAUCCCGAGGUUACAGUAGACAAAGAUGAUUCUGAGGAGUUAAUGCAGGGUUUAUGUGAAGAUACAUUGGUUCAUCUGCCUCCUAGCAAGGUACCUUGGCUUCAUUGUCUUGUGCACCGGAAGCUUGCGGUUCAUGACUUUCUUUCUAGUUCCCCCACAUUAGAGCUAUUGCCUUACUUCUGCCAGUUGCCACUUGUUCAAAUAAGAUUUUAUUUUGUUCUAUUGGGCCAUCUCACAACUGUCCUUGGAAAUGAUGGCUGGCAGCUGAAUUCUUGUUAUUGCAUCUCUUGUCCAAGGUGCAUGCUAGGGUAG